AUGAUUGAUGCUGUGAGUCUCUUCAUGGGUUUGUUGUGUUUGUCCUGUUCUGACGGGGUGGACCAUGGAUCCGUGCACGUCCAUGACGACACGGCUGACGUCACGACGCGUCAUCAGCCACUCCGCAAGAAGAGUAGUCGGGCGUCCGCCAUGGAGUUGACUCAGCAGCUAGAGAGGUUGAUUUUGGGAGUGAAGAUGACCCUCACCGUGACACUUCUACUCCUGGUACUGCUCGCCGUUGCGGGGCUGAGCCGGGCCCAGGUCAAGACCUCUCUCCUGGAUUUGACCAACAGCAUCGGGAGCAUCCUUCCCAGACUCAGCCGACCAGCAAACCACAGCCGCAUCUUCUAUGCAGUGAUGUUUGAUGCAGGGAGCACGGGGACACGCAUCCACGUCUACACCUUCAUCCAGAGCGACUCAGAGGAGCUGCCUCUUUUGGACAAUGAGAUGUUCCACUCCAUAAAGCCCGGUUUGUCAGCAUAUGCUGACUCUCCCGAAAUGGCUGGACACACAGUGAGGAUGUUGUUGACGGUGGCCAAGAAGACUGUGCCUCGUCUGGAGUGGAAGAGAACUCCGCUGGUGCUCAGAGCCACGGCCGGACUUCGGCUGCUGGACGCAGAGAAAGCCCAGGUUCUCUUGGUGCAGGUUCAACAUGUGUUUGAUGAAUCUCCCUUUUUGGUCCCAGACAACAGCGUCAGCAUAAUGAACGGCACAUAUGAAGGGAUCCUGGCUUGGAUAUCUGUGAACUAUCUGACAGGUCACCUGAAUGCACAAAUCAAAAAGACAGUGGGAAUCUUGGAUCUGGGAGGAGGAUCCACGCAGAUCACUUUCCUGCCAAAACUGAGGAAAACCAUUGAAAGUGUCCCUGUCGCUGAUUACGUUGCCAGAUUUGGCUUCUCCAACACAACGUUUGAAUUGUACACUUACAGUUACCUUGGAAAUGGACUGAUGGCAGCGCGGCUGGCCACACUGGGCGCUUUGGGUGCAGAAGGGUUGGAGUGGCGAGUCUUUAAAAGUUCCUGCCUGCCAAAGAAGUUCAGGGAUGAAUGGAGUUUUGGAGGUCUGACCUAUCAAGUUAGCGGGGACCCAGAUGGUAAUGCAGGAUACAAGCUUUGUUAUCAGGAAGUACUUAAGGUGGUGAAGGGGAUUAUUCAUCAGCCGUAUGAGGUCCAAGACAGCAACGUAUUCUAUGCAUUCUCCUAUUACUUUGACAGAGCUGUGGAUGCAGGCCUUAUCGAUGGGGUCCAAGGAGGGAGUCUGGAGGUCAGAGACUUCAAGAAGAGAGCCAAAGAAGUGUGCAGUAGGAUGACCAAGUACCCUACCGUCAGUUCCUUCCUGUGCAUGGACAUGACCUACAUCACUUGUCUGCUCAAGGAUGGAUUCGGCUUCAAGGAGAGCACCGUGCUGCAGUUGACCAAGAAAGUGAAUAACGUGGAGGCAAGCUGGGCUUUGGGCGCCACGUUGGACCACUUCCACAACCUGAAGAUCCACUGAGGCGAA